GUGUGCGUUUGGAACGCUGGCAAUGUAUCAGUGCAGGGGCAUUAUUUCCUGAUUCCUUUUGGAAGGGUUGUACAUGGCAACAGCUGUUGGGCUGGACCUGUGUAUUGCAGCCAGCUUCUGCCUGCAGCGGGCAGACGCAGUGUAAUUUAUAAUUUUUGUUUCUCUUUACCUCCCCAACCCCCACUAUUCUUGAGAGAGAGAGUGUGUGCAAUACUAUCCAUAAACUCGAGGUUUGUAUUGUACGUGUGUCCAAGGCUGAAUGAAAACACCAUACUUCAAUCCCGGUAGCUGUGUGUGUGUAUUUUUUUCGUCCCCGCCCCCUUUAUUUUUCUUCAAAGACGCGCAUUAACGCCGCAAGAUUGUUAGAGAGGUUUGCACGGCCAUUGUGAGGUGGUUGGGGGAAAGAGAAUUCAAUUUUUGUUCAAAUUGCAGGAAUUAAGCCCACUGCCAAAGUUACAGCAUGAGUUCUUUAACCCGCCGUUAAAGGAACACGCUCUGCCAUAUUGAAUUCUCUUCUUAAAUACAUAUAUUUUUAAAAGAAAGAGUUUCUUUUUUUUGUUGUGGAAGUGGGAGUACAACCGCUGGUCUCGAACCGACGCAGAGUUGAGAGACCCGUGCUCUGAAGGGGGAGGGGAUUUGAAGAAAGCAAAGGAAAAAAGGGGUAACAAAAGAAUGAACGGUUUUAGUACCGAAGAAGACAGCCGGGAUGGCGGCGCCGGGGCUCCAGGCUUUGGCCACAUUUGCUGUCUGGUUGACGAUGGAGAGAGGUGUAACCGCCCUGCCGGCAACGCGAGCUUCAGCAAGAGGAUUCAGAAAAGUAUUUCGCAGAAGAAACUCAAACUGGAAACCGACAAGAACGUCCGACAUUUGUACAUAUGUGACUUCCACAAAAGUUUCAUACAAAGUGUGCGAAAUAAGAGAAAGAGAAAGGGUAGUGAUGAUGAUGGGGGCGAUUCACCAGACCAUGAUGCUGAAUCCCCAGAGGUCGAUUUGUUUCAAUUGCAAGUAAAUACACUGAGGCGUUAUAAGAGACACUUCAAACUACAGACCAGACCUGGCCUAAAUAAAGCUCAACUAGCUGAGACAAUCAGUCGUCAUUUUAGAACCAUUCCAGUCAAUGAGAAGGAAACUCUAGCCUAUUUUAUCUACAUGGUGAAGAAUGACAAAAUCAGGCAUGAUCAAAAACCAGACAGCAGCAUUCACUGAAACAGACAUUAUCUGUGCUUUUAUUGAUCACAUGAUCGCACAGUGACAAGAGUUCCACUUCUAAAGUCAGUUGUAUUUAAGUAUUUUAUUGUUUGAAAGCAUCUGCUAAAAUUAGCAUGUUUUACAUAAAAUUCAUUUUGCAAUUAUGAUUUCCAGUCUCAGAAUUUUAAUGUCUAGAGUAUGCUAUAGUUAAAUAAGAGCUACAGGAAAGCAAAAUUCCCUUUUGUGUAUUUUAUUCUUGUAUGAGGUCUGGCUCUGAAAGAAUUUGAUUCUUUAAAACAGGGCUUUUAUGUUUCUAAGAGCUGGGAAUUGCUCUAAAUGUUCUUGUUCCUUCCUACUGGAAGCCACGUGGCUACGAUCUGAUGCGCCUCUGUAUGCAGAAGAUGGACAAUGUUGCAGAGUUGUGGCAGGUCAUCUACGUGGUAGGAUCUCUGCAUAACUUGUUCUAUUUUUGUUAACUUGGCCUUUAAUGGGACCUUGCAGCAAGAAAAUCCAGCUGUGGAAAAUGAAGGCACACCAUCAAAUUUUGUAGUGCUUAUUAAUCCAUUUUUUUUAUGCUGUUAAACAUUUAUCAUUGUGGGAGGUGAAACACUGUCCUGUCUGCAAUAUGGUGAUCGAUUGUAAAGUUUGAACUUUUGUGUGCACCGGGAUUCUCUUAAGAUUGAUUACAGUGUUAAUAUUUUUCCUGUGCAUAUAAAUAUACAACGUACUGUACAAUGACACUCAAUUUUUGUAAUGUUUACACUUGUCAUCUUCAUAGGGUGUGGUUGCAGAGGUAUAGGUUUGUUACUACUGUACCUUUAAGACAUUGUCAAUUUUGCAUUAAACAAAUGUGCAC